ACUUCUACACGUCUUCUCGCAGAUUUGACAGCCCACGCCCCCGCCGCCUCCGUUCACUCCGGUUGCUGCCCACCACACCUCUCCCACACCCACUCUCCUUUCCGCACCACCACCUCUCAACAAGAUGAAGUCCUGCGUUGUAGCCGCUGCCUGCGUGGCCGGAGCCCAAGCCUUCGUGGCACCCAGCGCGUUCAACGGCGCCGCCGUGGCCACCCCGGCGAAGUCGUCCUCGGCCAUGAAGAUGUCGUUCGAGUCGGAGAUCGGCGCGCAGCCCCCCCUCGGAUUCUGGGACCCGCUCGGCCUCCUCGAGGACGCGGACCAGGAGCGGUUCGAGCGCCUCCGGUACGUGGAGGUGAAGCACGGGCGCAUUGCUAUGCUCGCCAUCGCCGGUCACCUGACCCAGCAGAACACCCGCCUCCCCGGUAUGCUCUCGAACUCGGCGAACCUGUCUUUCGCGGACAUGCCGAACGGCGUGGCCGCUCUGUCGAAGAUCCCUCCGGCGGGCCUCGCCCAGAUCUUCGCGUUCAUCGGCUUCCUUGAGCUGGCUGUGAUGAAGAACGUGGAGGGCUCGUUCCCCGGAGACUUCACCCUGGGCGGCAACCCGUUCGGGUCCUCGUGGGACGCGAUGUCGGAGGAGACCCAGGCGUCGAAGCGCGCGAUCGAGCUGAACAACGGGCGCGCGGCACAGAUGGGCAUCCUGGCCCUGAUGGUGCACGAGGAGCUGAACAACAAGCCGUACGUGAUCAACGACCUCCUCGGCGCGGGAUACACCUUCAACUAAACCACCCACCCACUCACUUUUGCAUUGCCGAAGUAGCGAAGACUUGAACGUUUUAGGUUGGUUUUGACUAGAGUGUUUUCCCAGCAUUUUGUCGGGAUUGUAGAAUAGACAGACAGACGUGUACAGACGCAAUAAUCAUUUUACGAAGCGGUGCUCGAUGUUUGGCAGGACAGCGCGGUAGCUUUGAUAUCGAAGCGAAACUGAUCCGGUGGGUAUUGAAGAUUGGGCCGUGGUCAAGCCUAGUUCUUCGCUCCCUGUUUUGUCGUGGACCCGAGGACUCUGUUUUCCUGUUGUGUUAUUCCGUGUGGAGGUUGUUCCAGGCUUGCGUUCGAUGUUGGUGAAUGUUGUGCCUGUUUUGGUUUGUUUUCGCCUUUUUGGGUGAUUUCACGCGUGAACAAAAAUAACACAUGGAAUUUCGUGAUUUGUGGACGUCCGUGCUGCUGUACAUCACCAUGAACGUUGGUGUUCUCUCCGUUCUUUUGCAGCGUGAGUGUCAUGUGCAAAUGAGGGCUGGCUGUACACCUCUUGUUCCAACCUUCAAAGAUGCUAUG